AUGGCGACGAAGCUCUACCGUAGUAGGGCUCUGGCGGGCUUGCGCAACUGCCGCCCCACAGAGAUUCGAUGCUUCUCGACCUCGAUCCCUCAAUUGGCCGGCUUUCCGACCGGCCAGCCCAAGGAUGCCGUUGACGUGAGGAAGUCUCCUCGCGAACACAUCGGUAUCCUCAAGGCUCCUCUCGUCAACCCUGCCGACAAGUACGAGUCUAAGGCCGAUAACCUCCAUAAGUACGGUUCCUGGAUUAUGGGCUGCCUGCCCAAGUACGUCCAGCAGAUCUCCGUCUGGAAGGACGAGCUCACUAUCUACGUCUCUCCCUCCGGAAUUAUCCCCACCUUCUCGUUCCUGAAGUACAACACCUCGGCCGAGUUUACCCAGAUCAGUGAUAUUACCGCUGCCGACUACCCGACCCGAGACCAGCGAUUCGAGGUCGUCUACAACCUCCUCAGUGUUCGCCACAAUGCCCGCAUCCGCGUAAAGACCUACGCCGAUGAGGCCUCGCCUGUCCCCAGUGUUACCCCCCUCUUUGAUGGAGCCAACUGGUACGAGCGUGAGGUCUACGACAUGUUUGGCGUCUACUUCACCGAUCAUCCCGAUCUGCGCAGAAUCAUGACCGACUACGGUUUUGAGGGCCACCCCUUGCGAAAGGAUUUCCCCCUUACCGGCUACACCGAGAUCAGAUACGACGAGGAGAAGAAGCGCAUCGUCACCGAGCCCCUCGAGCUCACCCAGGCUUUCCGCAACUUUGAGGGUGGUACCAGUGCUUGGGAGCAAGUUGGAGCUGGCACGGACAGACGCCCCGACACCUUCAAGCUGCCGACGCCGAAGCCGGAGGAGAAGAAGGAGGAGCCCAAGAAAUAA